GAUUGGGACUGACAUAUAUACACUAACAUGUAUAAAAUAGAUAACUAAUAAGAACCUGCUGUAUAAAAAAUAAAUUAAUUAAAUUGAAAAAAAAAAAAAGGGCAGAAGGAUGGCGGGCCACCUUGGCCAGUCAUGGCAGCAUGGAGCCAGGCCGCAGCAGCGCCUCUGCUCAGCGGAACCCACCGCCUUCCUCUUCUCCACUGUGCUCAGUGCAUGUUUGCCUCACAGACUGAGGGGGAGCUCAAAGUGACCCAAAUUCUCAAAGAAAAGUUUCCUCGAGCUACAGCUAUCAAAGUCACUGACGAUGGGGCUUCCCAAAAAAAAAAAAAAAGGUAUGCACAGAUUGCAGAUAUUUACCUUUGUCCCCAGACACUGACCAUGCCCUGGCUGUGUAGAUGUUGCUGCUAA